GGGAUUUUCAAUUCUUGACACAUCCUGGAAUUUUUUUCAAUAAAUAUUUCGAGGUACUCAGUUGCAGUUUUUCGCAUUGAAAUGACGUCAAUAAUUAUUUGUCGCUGGAUUAUUUUUUUUCUGGGGAUACUUGAAGUAACUAGUGACCUAGAAUACAAAUUUGUGAAUGUGAUUUUUCGCCAUGGAGAUCGAACUCCGACGAAUAAACCUUACGAAUCAUUUCGAACAAGUCCAUAUGUAAAAUCGGAUUUUUAUCCUUAUGGUCAUGGACAAUUGACAAACAAAGGAAAGCAACGUGUUUAUGAACUCGGUAAAUACAUGCGCGAACGUUUUGGCCAGUUUCUGGGGGAUCUAUACGAUUCUAAGGUGGUAUUCGCGCGUAGUACUUAUUCUGACAGAACGCAAAUGUCUCUUCAAGUGGCGAUGGCGGGUAUGUUUUCCCCUGGUCCUUCUCAAAAAUGGAAUUCAGAACUAAAUUGGCAGCCAGUGGUGAUGUAUAUUCCAUCACCUGAAGACGACUUUUUGUUUUUCUACAGAACCCCGGAGUUUCAAGCGGAGUGCGUUAAUGCCCUAAAAGUUCUGCAACUUCAGGAAGAAAUUGAAAAAUUCAGUGAUUUUGGGAAAAAUCUGAGCGAAUGGAUCGGCGCUCCAAUCACGGAUAGUAAACACUAUAAUUUUGUUUAUCAUGGUUUAGCGUCACUAGAGUCCAUGGGAUAUACUCUUCCGUCAUGGGCUUCAGCGAUUUUUCCCACUGGUAUAUUAUUAAAGGCUGUCGAUCAACAAUAUAAAGUACUAAAUUACAACAGGAAAAUGAGGUGCCUCGGUGGAGGAAUGGUUUUAAAGAAAUUUACAGAUAACAUGUUAACUACUGCGAAUAAAACUAGGCAUUCAAAAUUGAAGAUGGAAUUACUAGCCGCCCACGACAUAAACAUCGUUUCGCUGUUGAAAAUUCUUGAUGUCUAUAAACCUCAGGUACCAGAAUAUGCCAGCGCAAUUUUCGUUGAAUUACUGGCGGAUGGUGAUCAACAUUUUGUCAACAUUCAUUAUUACCUGGGGAGCCCAUCUGUGACAGAAUCCCUAAGAAUCCCCGGAUGUGAACAACUAUGUCCCCUGGAAAAGUUUGUGGAACUACUUGGCAGUUCCAUGCCAACGGCUGAGAAUAGCUGUUGACCAGGAUGGCUUCCACUCAAAAAUAUUUUCUAUUACUAGUAUUCGUGUAGUCAAUUAAAUGUAUCGGUCAUCACAAACGUGUUUAUUAAUCUUUAUAGUGUAAUGACUCCAUUAUGAAGGUCAACACUUUUUCACCACACGAAACGAAAUUUUAGGUAGAAAUUAAACUUCAAGGGGGUGGAACGAGGAACCGUAGUUGCGCGAGGGAGUUGCGCAUGAAACUCCCACGCGUGGGAUUUUUACCCCGGUCUGGCAUUUUAUUUAAAUAUUUCAUUUGACUUGUGUUGCUGCUAUGGUAUUGUGUUGAAAAAAAAAUCUAAAGUGUUAAUAGAAUUAAUAAAAACAUUGUUGUAGUGCUUUUGUAUACUAUAGUGUUACUAUAUUUUGUAUACAUCAUUACAACUGCUACCUACAUAAACAAAUGCAACACGUUAUUAAAUAAAAUUAUCUAAAAAAGUGAGAAA